CAUACGCACGCGCAGCACCACCAGCGGCGGCGGCAGCGACGAGCGGCGGCGUUCUAGCGAAUUCCUCUCUUUAGCCACCUGAGGAAGGGAACAGUCAGAUGGGAAUAAUAACAAGCAGCUUGUCUUUCUUACUGGGAACAGGUUGCGGCAUUUACAUUGCCCAAAAUUACAACGUCCCCAAUGUGAAGGAGCUGGUCAAUACAUGGGUUUACAAGGCGAAGGGAUGGGAAGACAAAUACAGGAAGAGGGAUAGAGAUUAGCCGUAAUGUCUUUCUUUUCCGUAUCGUUGUUGUGGUGCCAAUUCACACGCACAACAAUACCUUACGUGCAGGGAUUCUUGAGUAUGAUUUCACGUUUUUGUGAAUAACAAAAUUUUGUCAGUUGGAGGACAAGUUUUUCUUCA